UUAACUUGAGCACCAUAGUUCUUGGAUAGAAAUAUCAGGAUGAGGUUAGCCUACUUUUAGGUAUGAAAAUACCUUCUCUGGCAAUAAAAUUAGGCCUUCUAAAAAAAAUUGUGUCAAAAAGCUAUGUGAGGCUGGGGUUUACUUCUGGUCCCCACAAUAGAAGCAUAUUGUAGUAAAGUACACACACACACACACACACACACACACACACACAAAUCAUUUAUCAUAGCCUAGUCUUGCAGCAGGGAUAUGUGAUUGUUGAUAGAUCUAAAUAAACACACACACACACACACUAUGGAUUUUACUUUUGGGACUUCCUGAAAUAAUAACACUUUUAAUAUACUCGUGGUGUCCAUACAUCAGUAUAAAGAGGGUGUCAUACCCGAGCAUGGCCUGCAAUCGACAGAUAUGAUAUCGCUUUAAUAUCCCAUUUCCAGUAGUGGGCGUAUAGCCAGCCGGAACCAAACAGAACAAGGGGGGGUCGCAGGAUUAUACCAACUUUAAAGACAAAUUUGGGACAUGGAAAGCCCGGUAGGUCAGUGCUAUAAUUAGAGGCUGCUCCUUCAUAGCGAUGCUUAAAGUCAUGUAAACCAGAGGAUACACUAUCUGAAGGGCUGGCAAUAAAGACACGUUUUUUCAUGGGUGACAUUUAACGCCACACGUUGACCGGAGUGGAGAGGCUCUGCGCGUAAACGCAGGGACAGCGCUGGAUCUACACUGGCCACUGCUGCGCAAAGCAUGAGUAUUGAGUAGUGUUAGUGGUUUUUCUUUUCUGUUUUGGUUUUUUUUUUUUUUUGGAGACGUCAUAUGUAGCCUACUCUGUUCAGCACACAGCUUCCAUGAGUGUACACUUCUGCAAAAAUGUCUUUUUUAACCAUACCAAAUCAAGAGGGCCUUUUUACCACGAUUAAAACUGGCAGGUCGGCCGAGGAGGCAGCGAGUAGGUCCACCAUACCCGAUGAGGAUGAUAAUAAUGAUGAGGAUGAUGAAGACGAUGACACCGAGGACGUCCACCUCAUCCCAAGAUGCUCCCCGGUGCCCAGAAAGCGAGGCGCGUCCAUCUUCGAUGAGACUGCCGAGUACAUGCGCAUCCACCAGGCGCUUUCUGGAGGAAAGAGUGUGUCAUUCGCCGACACAACAGGUGGAGAUCUGGUGGACGUGAAGGAAUUUGUUGCGUUUGAUUCGGACGACGAAGAGGACAUUGCAAGGUGGGAGGAAGAGGAAGCAAAGUAUCGAAAGCCAGAGCGAGAACCCACAUAUCAUGUGCAACUAGAGUUUAACGCACCCACUGGCAGUGCCCUGCUGCAGGCUGUGCACAGUAACAAAGUGGAGGUUGAGCAGAUGUCUCCAGUUGAGAAUGAGCCACUUGCUUUCACUGGGGUAAUACGAGUCCUGAACAUCUCCUUCCACAAAGCAGUUUACAUCAGGUCAACCAUGGACAACUGGGCCACUUACUUUGAUCACCCAGCAGAGUAUGUCCAGGGAUCUCAUGAUGGGGCCACUGAUAAGUUCAGCUUCAAGCUGUCAUUUGCACCACCAUAUAUCACACACGGCUCUCACAUUGAGUUUGUCGUUCGCUAUGAAACCUCUGAUGGUGACUACUGGGCUAAUAACUCCUGUAUGAAUUAUGUGGUAACUCUGCUCCUGUCCUAUGAAGACGAUUCAGCUCAGACAAACAUCGGCGUGCGGCAAAAGAGAGGUAUCCUGAAACCUCCCAAAGAUUACAGUAUGAAUGAUGAUUUUGAUUCAGAGGAUGAGCAGGAAAAGGAAGAAGAGGAAGAAGCAGGGACCUCCAAGCCGGGACUUGUCAGGCCUACAGCUACGUGCCCAGUCAUUGUGCAGCCGGAGAUCGACAUAGAGAUUGCAGUACACCCAUCUGGUCCCUCUGUCCCACCCAACCAAGAGCCUCCAUCUGUUGAUGACACACUGUCCUCUCACACCGUAUCCCCAGGUGAACAAUUCCCUUGUAUGUCAUCCGAAACCACACUUCAGACUAAUUCAUCCUUUGUACUCUGUGCCAGCGAAUCAGUCCAACCAAAUAAGUCACAGCCCUUACCCAGACUCCACAGUGAAUUAGGCAACCAAACGGCAGAGCAGCCCACAGACAGCAGUCCCUCUGCACUGCUGCCUGAUUCAACCCCUUCCCUACAAGAGUCAAGGCGGAGAUCAGACAGCUCCCAGUCUGGUGGAGAGGAAAUCCCUCCCUCAGAGGCCUCGUGCAUGCAUCUUUCUGCCGCAGAGACAAAUCUGUGGCCAGAAACAAGAGAGGAUGGAUCGACCGACAGCCCAGCCGGUCAUCCUUGUCUUGAGCUGCCUGCUAAGCGUGUCUCUGCUCCCAGUGUGACUCAGGGCUCAGAGCUUGGGGUUGCAGUGGGUCUGAGUGAACUUGCUUCAGGAUUAUCAGAAGGUUCAACCAGCUCUGCAGCGCAUUACGAAGGCAGUACGCCUGCACUCUCGUCUCCCGUGGCAGAGAGUCAGGCAUCUCUGGGAGCAGAAGGUGAAGCUCCACCAUCACCCGAACUCUCAGAGAACCCCUCAGAGAGUACAGGUGUCACUGAGGUGAGCCAAAACUUCCCUCUUCCCUCUGCCUCAGCCUGGGAGGAGAAUGUAGAUGCUCUCCAGAUUUCCCCUGACACAUUAUUAGAGAAUCUACCAAAUACAUUGUCAGAGGUUUCCGAGCUCCAGCCUGAGUAUGACAUAAACCGUAAUCUGAUGCCAUCCGUCGUCUUUCUCAGCGGAGUUGUCUCCUUCUCGAUAGUGUUGCAGGAACCCAGCGCCCUCUUCCUCAUUGGACUCCUAUACGUCUUGCACCGCUUGUGAUUACGCCAUUCUGAUCUGUUCUCAAGUGCCUUUUUGUGAUUCCAAAAUAAGCCAACAAACAAAACAAAAAGAAACCCCACACAAGUUUCCUGUUGAAGUUGUGUGUGUGUCACCGUGUGAGUUUUUUUAGAUGAAUAUAGAUUAUAUUGGAUAGACAUAUCAGGUACAAUUUGUGAGUAUUUUCAUGCAAAGCAGAGAAAGUAAUUAUACAAACACUCGUGAUAUUUUCAUGCAUUGUGUCAAACAAGUGUAUGUGAUAGAAUAGUGGUCAAUUAUUACCCCAUUUCUACCCUUGUGAUCACUCUAAUACUGAAGCACAGUGUAUUAUCAUACAUACAUAAGAUGUUUUGUAAGUGGUCUGCGAUUACUUUUGGAUCAGUUGGACGUUAAAAUGUUUCUUUAGAUUGUUGUUGUCGACGUAGCUGAGGUUAUUGUCUAACCAGACUGCCACGAGUUUAACUUUUGUGAAUUCCAUGUGUUGUUAUGUCUUUAACGAAAGACAAAAAAAGAAACAUUACCAUAGUGGGAAACUAAAGAGAUUUGUUAUAUAAAUGGUAUUUUGUUUACAAAAUGCAGAAGAAAGACAAGGUUAUGUGAAGUAUUUUUGCCUUAAUGCCAUAAAAAGAAAGAAAAGCUGAUGACCUGUGAACAUCCGUUUGAAAUGGAUGUUACUUGAGGGACAAGUGGAAAGUGAUAUUUAACAUGAGAGAACACCAGCCUCCUCAGCGUCUCUUCACUAUUGCACACAAGUCUUCCUGUUAAUUUUUUGCCAGUAAACCCGUAUUGUUGUUGUUGCACAACACAAAAUUUUAUAGCUCUAGUUUGAGAACGUCACAGACAGACUGAAGCGCUGAAGAAUGACAUGUUUGAAGUGAUGAAAGUUUUUGCAGUGUAUUGCCAUUAAAACGUGGUCCUAUACCCUGCACC